GGCAAAUGGAUUCCAGUCACUGGAGACAGUUCUGCUAACAGUGAACUGGGCCAGAAAGCUUGAAUUUGUAAUGAAAACUGUCUUGGUAGCUGACAUUUCUGAUCUGCUUGGCUAUGCAAUUCUGCAUAUAUAGACAGUAGAACAGAAGGCUGAGAAGCAUGCUAAGUUUAUUUUACUGGGAAAUAAUACAGUGAAAAUUUUACAGCUAAUUUACAGAAAAAUGCAUUCAGAAUGGUAACUACUGCUUGUUGAACCAAACUGCAAAGAUCUCAUGUUUUGGAGGUGAAGAUGAUAAACCCAAGGAGAUAAUCCAGCUGCUGCCAUUGUACAACUGAAAGAUCCUUCGUGUCAAAAUGAACAGUCUUUGAGAAAAAUCUGGAAAGCCAUUAAAUCUGAGAAAUGGGAGAAAGACUAAGGAGCCCAGAUUCUGAAUAUGACAGAAAAUCAGAUGGAGAUAAAAAUAGCGACUCCUAUUAUUCAGAUGAAGGUAGUGCAUCUCAUUCAUCUGGUCAGUCACCAACACUAACAUCUACAAGCCAAGAAAAAAAAGAUCCCAAAACACAAACUUCAAACAGCCUUAUGCACUACCAAGCCACAAAGAAAUUGGAUUCCAAAUAUGCACCAAGCAAAAGGGGGACACGGUGGGGUUUCCAUUCUCAGAGCUUCACAAGGGAUUCUCCUGCAAAAGAUAUAGAUCUUGUUACAAAAAGAGUUCUUUCUGCAAGACUGCUGAAAAUCAAUGAGCUCCGAAAUGAACUGACUGAACUCCACAUCAAACUAGAUGAGCUGCAGAAAGAAAACAGGGCACUGAAGAGGCUUCAGCACAGGCAGGAGAAAGCCUUGAAUAAGUUUGAAGAUACAGAAAAUGAAAUCUCUCAGCUUCUUGCUCGGCACAACAAUGAGAUUAGAAUAUUAAGGGAGCGUCUAAGGAAAUCUCAAGAGAGAGAACGUGCGACUGAAAGACGGCUGAAAGAUUCAGAAGAUGAACUGUACAGAACAAAAACUGCCUUGCAGAAACUGAAAAAGCUGUCUGCAGAUAAGCACCUUGCUGAGAGAGAUGACCUGGCAAAGAAACUCGCCUAUGCAGAGAGCAGGCUAGAAGACAGUGAAAAAAGAAUUAAGGAUCUGGAAAAAAAUCUUGAAUUAAGUGGUAGCAGUUUUCAACGAGAGCUACAAUCAAAGAAAAAAAAGAUCUAUGAGGCUCAAGAAAUAAACAGAGUUCUCCAAGAAGAGCUUCAUCAACUAAAUCAGAAGCUGAAGGAAAAAGAAAGAGAACUUGAAGCAAAAAAUAUCUAUGCUAAUCGUAUGUUGAAGCUAUCACCAAGAAAAGACAUGGAUAUGAUACAGAGAAAGAGGGCCAACAAUCAAAAUAUUAAGAAGGGAGCACAGUUCACAAAAGGAGUACAGACCAGUGGAUACUUCUCCCCAGUAGAAUUACUUCCAGAAUCGGAACUUGCCCGUGAUGGCACAGUAAGCAAGAAAGAAGGGAUUCUUCCUAAAAUAGAAAAAGAAACGGAAGACAGAGGAUGGAAGGAGAAAGCAGACCUCAACAAACAAGACCAGGACAGGGAAACAGAAGAGAAACUGAAGUGUUUUCAGGAAAUACAGGUUUUAGAGGAGAGGAUUCAAAAACUUCAUGAUGAGUGGGAAAAGGAAGAACAUGACAGAAUGAAAAAAGAAAGUGACUUUUUAUUGGAUAAAGAAGAGAAAACAAAGGUGGAGACAGAAAUCCAGAAACCUGAAGUCAAGAGAGAGAGCACUGAAAUGCUGGAAGAGUGGCAAAAAAGAGAGUUCCUGCUUGCUAAAAUGCAAGAAAUUGAUAGAGAAACUCAAAAUGUAACAAACAUGAAACCUGUUUCCAAAGCACCACUCAUAAAUACAGCAAGGAAAUCUGAUUUCCUGGAGAAAAAAGAAAAAGCUGAUCAAUUCUUUGGGAUUCCUGGGAAGGCUACAAAUGGAUUUCCUGCAGAUAACAGCCAUGAUGAUGCCACAAGAGCACAAGGGCAGAAGCAACGAAAUCCAAAGACCACAGAUUUAGGUAGUGAGCUAACAUUUGGUAGUUAUGUACCUUCCUUUGGGAAAGGAUCAGGGAGGCCGAGUUGGCUUACUCAAAAAAGUGUCAGCUCAGAAGAAAAAGUGACAGAAAAUGCAGAUUUCAAUCGUAAGAAGGAAAAGUCCAAUUUAAUGGAACAACUCUUUGGAAGCAGUGCCAGUACCAAUGUUCUUUCUAAAAGUAACAAUACACCAUUGGACAUAGAUUGGGAUUCUAGUAAUACUCUUCUUGCUGAUAAAAAAAGUAAAGUCACAGUAAAAGAAGACGAUGAGCUUUUCGGUGAAGCAAGAAACCGAAAUAGACACCGUUUGCAGCACACUACAAGAAAGCCAGGAGUUCAGACCCUUGGUUCUUUAGAAGAUGAAAUCGAAGACAUAAUCUUACAGUGAUCAUAUUUUUAUAUGUUUCAUAUGUAAAUACUGUAAAAAUAUUUUCAUGUAAUAUUUAUUAGGUACAGAUUUAAAACAUUUCAGAUACAUUGUGAA